AUGGCGCGCAAUGUCCGUGCCCCUACCGCGCCCUACAGUGAGCCGCUUCUACCACAACUCGACAUCCGCAAUCCCUACUACACAGACGUACACCACAACCUGCGUGCCUGGGUCCGCGACUACGUCGAGACGCCCAUCGCUCCGUAUGCGCAGGAAUGGGAGGCUGCGGGUCAAGUCCCCGAGGAGGAGGAGCACUCGGCUGGCCUGGCGCUCCCUGGCAAUGUGCCACGCGAUAAGUGGGAUACCUGGUGCUCACUCAUUGUGUCAGAUGAGUUGACGCGUGUGGGAUUUGUGGGUGUGAUUUGGGGCCUAGGGGGUGGCAAUGGUAUUGGGUGUCCGCCUAUUGCGAGGUUCGGCACGCCGGAGCAGCAGAAGCGCUGGCUUCCGGGUGUUGCGAGGGGUGAUAUUCGCUUUUGCUUGGGGAUUACAGAGCCUGAUGCUGGCUCUGACGUCGCUAGUAUUAAAACCACCGCCAAGCGCGAGGACGAUCACUAUAUUGUCAAUGGUGCGAAGAAGUGGAUUACAAACGGCAUCUGGGCCGACUAUUGUACAGCUGCCGUGCGCACCGGUGGGCCAGGGAGAUCGGGCAUCAGCUUACUUGUCAUCCCUUUGAAGCUCGCGGGAGUGACUUGCAGGCGGAUGUUUAAUUCGGGCGUCCAUGCCAGCGGCUCAACGUUUAUUGAGCUAGACGAUGUCCGCGUUCCAGCUGAUCAUCUUAUUGGCGAAGAGAACAAGGGCUUCCCCCUCAUCAUGUCGAAUUUCAACCCGGAGCGUCUUGCAUUGGCAUGCGCUUCCCUUCGACUCGCCCGCGUUUGUGCCGAGGACGCCUUCAACUACGCCAUUCAACGUGAGACAUUCGGUUCACCCCUGAUCCAGAGACAGGCCAUUCAGUCUAAGAUUUUCAAAUUCGGCUUGAUGAUCGAGCCAGCAUAUGCCUUCAUGGAGCAACUCGUCAACAUCCUAGAGCUGACGAAGGACCGGCCUGUUGACAAUAUCAAAAUUGGCGGCAUGACCGCUUUGCUCAAGGUCAUGUCCACAAGAGCAUUGGAGAAGAGCGUCCGUGAAGCACAGCAGAUUCUUGGUGGUGCUGGAUAUAACAAAGCUGGCAAGGGAGCGAGAAUUGAGCAGAUUAGCCGUGACGCUCGAGUGCAUGUCGUUGGGGGCGGAAGUGAAGAGAUCAUGACGGGCCUGGCACUGCGGGAAGAAACUAAGGCUCUACGGACGCGACGUAAGGCUCUAGAAAAGCGGCAGUCUAAGGUAUAA